AUGGACGAGCUUUCACCGAAUUCCGUGUACUUCAAAUGGAGCGAUUACAUCCUGAUCACCGUAAUGAUGUUAGGUAGUUUAGCUAUCGGGAUUUAUUAUGGAUACUUUGCGAAACAUCAAUCCGUCGAUCAGUACCUCAGGGGUAGCAGAAACAUGAAUCUUAUCCCGAUCGUAAUGUCAAUGUGCGCAAGCAUAAUAUCGGGUAUCUCUUUCAUAGCUAUACCUGCCGAAAUUUUCAAAUUUGGAAUCACGACAUUUCUAACGCCGAUUAUUCUACAGUUUAGCAUAUGUUUCAUGAGCUUCUACAUCUACCCUGUUCUCUACAAUCUCAAUUUGACUAGCAUUUACGAGUACAUGGAGUUGCGAUUCGAUAAAAGGGUUCGAUUAUUAACAUCGUUCUUGUACGCAAUGUCAAUGCUCUGUUUCUUAACAAUAAGCAUUUACGCUCCAGCUCUGAUCAUUUCUAGAGGGACUUCGAUUAACGUCCAUUAUUUGUCUGUUACAAUAACAACAAUUUGCGUCUUUUAUACGUCUGUUGGCGGAUUGAAGGCAGUGAUCUGGACGGAUGCUCUGCAAUUGUUGUUCAUGGUUGGCACAAUCAUAGGAAUUAUAGUCAUGGGAUUCACAGAUGUCGGAUUCGCUGAAGUUUUCAGUGCCGCUUACAAAAGCGGAAGAUUGGACAUAGAUUUCGACCCGGAUCCAACGAAGCGCGACACUUUCUGGACGAUUUCUCUGGGUUUUACCUUGUACUGGACUCAAUAUUUAAUGACGAGUCAACAUUGCAUACAGAAAGCCUUCUGUUUGUCAGAUGUGAAGAAAAUGCAAAAAGCUAUGACCAUUUUUGGAGUAGUGUACUUUCUCUUCAUAGAAUUUCUCACUCUGUUCGGUUUAAUCGUUUACGCUAAAUUCCAACAUUGCGAUCCAGUGCGUUCCGGUGAAAUUCAUGUUCACGAUCAAAUUGCCAUACAUUACAUUCUACACGUUACCGAAAAUUUACCCGGAAUCGCGGGACUUUUCAUAGUCGGAAAUUGCAGUGCAAGCAUCAGUUCAUUAUCUGCGGGUUUAAAUUCUCUCUCGUGCACAAUCUAUAAGGAUUUUGUAUCUUCCUUUCUGAAAGCAAAUGAAUUGGAGAAGCGUUCUUCAGUAAUUAUCAAGUCUAUUGUAAUCUCCAUUGGUAUUUUAUUGAUAGCUUUAGUUGUCGUCGUGGAGAAGGCAGGAAGUAUUAUGUCUAGUUUGAUAGGUAUUGGAUCUCUAUUUGCAGGUCCGAUGAUGGGUUUAUUCCUUUUAGGAAUGUUCACCGUAAAAGCUAAAGCUAAAGGGGCAUUUUAUGGAGUUGUAAUAACAUUGGGAAUAUUGAUUUGGAUAUUUGCGGGAGCUCAGUAUUACCAACAGCUUGGUUACAUCCGUUUCAAGCAGAAGGAAUUAUUAAUCGACGGAUGCGAAAUAAUUACCAAUACGACCGAACAGAUAAGAUUACCCGAAUUUUUGAUUGCAGGAACCAAAUUGAAUGUCCAUUACUUCACAAUAUUCUUUUCAGUUAUCUGCAUUUUUUAUACGACAAUUGGCGGUUUAAAAACGGUCAUCUGGACCGACGUUUUGCAGAUGAUCUUCAUUAUCUUUACCAGCAUUGGAUUCGUUUACCUGGGAUUGCAACGUUCCGGAGGAAUCCAGAAAGUCUUGAAUUAUUCUUACCAAGGCGGAAGAUCGACAAUAGAUUUCGACUUGGAUCCAACUAAACGCGAUACUUUUUGGACAAUAAGCUUCGGAGCUUCCACGUACUGGAUUCAGUAUUUAUUAACGAAUCAAGCAUUUAUGCAGAAGACUUUCUGUUCGCAAAACAUUAAACUAAUGCGAAUCGCGAUGAUUAUGUUCUCAUUGGGAUAUUUCAUCAUGAUCAGUUUAUUCAUAUUUUUCGGUUUGAUUAUCUACGAGGAAUUCAAAGACUGCGAUCCGUUUAGAUCAGGAAAAAUAAAGGUUCUUGAUCAGAUUUCCAUGCAUUACAUUCUUCACGUGACAAAAGAAAUUCCUGCAAUUGCAGGUUUGUUUAUCGUUGCAAUUUUCAGCGCUAGUUUCAGUUCUUUUUCCGCCUAUCUGAAUGCUGUAUCCUGCACGAUAUACAAAGAUUUCUUAUUUAAUUUAAUCCGAGAAGGCGCUUCUGAGAAAUUUAGAAAACCUUUGGUACAAUUAAUAGUUGUACUUGUUGGAACUGUAGGAACUUUACUAGUUUUGGUCAUAGAGAAUGCAAGAAGUUUGUUAGCAACUAUCAUUGGUAUUGGGGCUUUAUCUGGAGGACCCAUGUUAGGUGUAUUUAUUUUAGCAUUGUUUUCAACCAAAGCUAACUCUAGGGGAGCGUUAUUUGGAGCUGUUACAUCUUUCGUAAUUGUCCUUUGGAUGUUCUUGGGGGCAAAAUAUUAUCAACAAAACGGUUACAUAACAAUCAAAACCAAACCGUUAUCCGUUGAAGGCUGCGACUUCUUCCAAAAUAAAACGUCUCCAAUUGAGAUUUCUCAAGAAAACCAAUUUACACCUUUAUUUAUCUACCGAAUUUCACAUAAUUAUUACACUAUUAUAGGUACAAUAAUAACUAUAGUUACGGGAUUAGUGAUUAGUUAUAUUCCAGGUGGUGAUAUGAAAAUCCCGCGUAAAGAGUAUUUGAGCCCUUUAGUGCAUUGGCUUUUACCCAAAGAAACCAAUAAGUACAAAGAAGUCGCACUUAAGAAUUUGAGCAAAUCAUCAGAGUGAUGUGGAAAAUUUUUACUCCGACGUGUCUGAAUGUCGCAACUGCAGCUACCUACAUUCACACUUAUUAAGAUUACUUUUGCAUCUGUUAAACGUAAAUGUUUACAAUAUGUUUUAGAUAAGGCCACGUUUUGUACAAUAAAUUAAGUUUG